AAAAAGAUACUCUUGUCAUAAUCAGAGGUAGGGGAAGCUUAAUAUUAUAUAUUAAUCUAUGACAAAAAUCCUCCUUUUUCUUGUUUUUAUGUCCUUUGGUCUCUCGUGUUCUUGAGAAGCACCACAGAGUUAAACAAACACUUUUUCUAUCUUCAGAUCUCUCCUUAAUAUUUGUCUUCAACUGUUUCUUGCAUGAGUACCCUAAAGUAGCUUCAGUGAGAUUUUCUUUUUUCUGGAGGCAGAUUUUGUUGUUUAGCUCCAAGCUUUCUUCAAUGGGUCUUGGUCUUGGUUUUUGGGGUUAUGCAUUGUUUCUUUCUCUGUUCUUGAAGCAAUCUCAUUGCCAAGAACCAAACACAGAUGGUUUCUUUGUCUCUGAAUUCUAUAAGCAAAUGGGUUUAAGCUCUUCUCAAGCUUAUAACUUCUCUGCUCCUUUUUGUUCAUGGCAAGGUUUGUUCUGUGAUUCCAAGAAUGAGCAUGUGAUUAUGUUAAUUGCUUCUGGAAUGAGUUUAUCUGGUCAAAUCCCUGAUAACACAAUUGGUAAACUCAGCAAGCUUCAAUCUUUGGAUCUUAGCAACAACAAAAUCUCUGCUUUACCAUCUGAUUUCUGGAGUUUGAACACUUUGAAGAAUCUCAACCUCUCUUUCAACAAGAUCUCUGGGUCUUUCUCUAGUAAUGUUGGCAAUUUUGGGCAGCUUGAGUUACUUGAUAUCUCUUACAACAAUUUCUCUGGUGCAAUCCCUGAAGCUGUGGAUUCUCUUGUUAGUUUGAGAGUCUUGAAGCUUGAUCAUAAUGGGUUUCAGAUGUCGAUUCCACGAGGACUUCUUGGUUGCCAAUCCCUGGUUUCUAUUGAUCUCUCCUCUAACCAGCUUGAAGGGUCUCUUCCUGAUGGGUUUGGCUCUGCAUUUCCAAAGCUUGAGACUUUGAGCCUUGCAGGAAACAAGAUUCAUGGCAGGGACACAGAUUUUGCUGAUAUGAAAUCCAUCAGUUUUCUCAACAUUUCAGGAAAUCAGUUUGAUGGUUCAGUGACAGGUGUGUUCAAGGAGACUUUAGAAGUGGCUGAUCUCAGCAAAAACCGGUUUCAAGGUCAUAUCUCAUCUCAGGUAGACUCCAACUGGUUUAGUUUGGUUUAUCUUGACUUGUCUGAGAAUGAGCUCAGUGGAGUUAUCAAGAAUCUGACACUACUAAAGAAGCUCAAGCACUUAAAUCUAGCUUGGAAUAGAUUCAACAGAGGAAUGUUUCCGAGGAUUGAGAUGCUUUCUGGUUUAGAGUAUCUUAACUUGUCAAACACAAAUCUUUCUGGUCACAUACCUAGAGAGAUCUCAAAGCUGAGUGAUUUGAGUACACUCGAUGUUUCUGGAAACCAUCUUGCAGGACAUAUCCCGAUUUUGAGUAUCAAGAACCUUGUGGCUAUCGAUGUGUCGAGGAACAAUUUGACGGGAGAGAUACCGAUGUCUAUCCUUGAGAAGCUCCCUUGGAUGGAGAGAUUCAACUUCUCUUUCAACAACUUAACAUUUUGUUCCGGAAAGUUCUCAGCUGAAACUCUGAACAGAUCCUUCUUUGGUUCUACAAAUAGCUGCCCUAUCGCUGCAAACCCAGCACUUUUCAAGAGAAAAAGAUCAGUCACUGGAGGACUUAAGCUGGCUUUAGCAGUGACGCUUUCUACGAUGUGUUUACUCAUAGGAGCAUUGAUUUUUGUAGCAUUUGGCUGCAGAAGGAAAACUAAAUCCGGUGAAGCCAAAGAUCUCUCAGUAAAGGAGGAACAAAGCAUUUCAGGUCCAUUCUCUUUCCAAACAGAUUCCACUACAUGGGUGGCUGAUGUGAAGCAAGCAAAUGCAGUUCCUGUGGUUAUCUUUGAGAAGCCAUUGUUGAACAUAACGUUUUCGGAUCUCUUGUCUGCAACUUCCAACUUCGACAGAGACACUCUCUUAGCGGACGGCAAAUUUGGUCCUGUUUAUCGAGGUUUCCUCCCCGGUGGGAUACAUGUAGCUGUAAAAGUUUUGGUUCAUGGCUCAACUCUUAGUGACCAAGAAGCAGCUAGAGAGCUCGAGUUUCUUGGAAGGAUCAAGCACCCAAAUCUUGUCCCAUUAACUGGAUAUUGCAUAGCCGGUGAUCAAAGGAUCGCCAUUUACGAGUACAUGGAAAACGGUAACUUGCAAAACCUGCUUCAUGAUCUGCCAUUUGGAGUUCAGACAACAGAUGAUUGGACCACGGAUACAUGGGAAGAAGAAACUGACAAUGGAACCCAAAACAUAGGGACUGAAGGCCCUGUGGCGACAUGGCGGUUUAGGCACAAGAUAGCACUUGGAACUGCCCGAGCAUUAGCUUUCCUUCACCACGGUUGUUCACCGCCAAUAAUCCAUAGGGAUGUGAAAGCUAGUAGUGUUUAUCUUGACCAGAACUGGGAACCAAGAUUAUCUGAUUUUGGUUUAGCCAAAGUUUUUGGAAAUGGUUUGGACGAUGAGAUUAUUCAUGGCUCACCUGGUUAUCUCCCUCCUGAGUUCUUGCAACCCGAACACGAGCUGCCAACACCGAAAUCUGACGUCUAUUGCUUUGGAGUUGUUCUGUUUGAACUCAUGACAGGGAAAAAGCCGAUUGAAGAUGAUUAUCUUGAUGAGAAAGAUACUAACUUGGUGAGUUGGGUUAGAAGUUUAGUUAGGAAGAAUCAAGCAUCAAAAGCUAUUGAUCCAAAAAUCCAAGAGACAGGCUCAGAAGAACAGAUGGAAGAAGCUCUCAAGAUUGGUUACCUCUGCACAGCUGAUCUUCCUUCAAAGCGGCCAAGUAUGCAGCAAGUAGUUGGUCUUCUUAAAGAUAUUGAACCAAAAUCUAACCAGUGAAACAUCACUUUCUGAAUCUCUACAACAAUGUUCUUUUUCCCUUGAAAGUUUUAUCUCUUUACCUUUUUCCAAUGUUUUGCUGUUUCCCAUUGUUGUAUAUAUAAGCUUGUUUGCGUUAACCUCUAUAUCAAACCUUCUUGCUUCACAUAAAACUUGUUGCAC